AUGUCCAGUGAAGCGCGUUUGCACACCAUUUGGCAGGCUGCCAAUUGGCUCGUGGUGGUUGGUGAUGGUGCAUGUGGGAAGACCUCUCUUCUGAUUGUCUUCAGCAAGAACCAGUUUCCAGAAGCAUAUGUGCCGACGGUAUUUGACACGGACUCGAUUGAUAUAGAGGUGGAUGGGAAAUAUGUCCAAUUAGACCUUUGGGACACUGCUGGACAAGAGGAUUACGAGAGGCUCCGCCCACUUUCCUACCCGGAAACCCAUAUCAUUCUCAUCUGUUUCUCGAUCGACUUCCCAGAUUCCUUGGAAAAUGUUAUCGAAAAAUGGACACCUGAGAUCAAACACUUCUGCCCGAAAGUGCCGUUCUUACUGGUUGGAAAUAAGAAAGAUUUGAGGGACGAUGAAGAGACACUGAGAGAAUUAGAGAAAAAGAGACAGGUACCAGUGAAGUAUGAACAAGGAGUGGAAGUUGCUCAAAGGAUCGGAGCAGUUGGGUAUUUUGAGUGCUCUGCGAAGCGUAACGAGGGAGUGAAGGAGAUCUUCGAUGUAGCGGUUCAAGAGACACUCCGAAAGCAGAAAAAGCCAAAACCACAAUUUUGUAGAAUUUUGUGA